CCGCAGAGGCUCCCAGCUAGAGGUAUUUACAGGUUUACUCAAUUCUGGAGAACUGAGACACGACAUCAGCACUUGGCCCUGCAUGGUGAAUCUGUUAAGACUGGUGUCACUGCCACUUUAUUUAACUCUGUGCAGAAGACACGGACACACGCAGAGAAGAUGAUGGUCUGCCUUUUGCAUAUUUCCCUGCUCUGGUCUCUGUGUGGAGCACAGUUAAGCGACAUCUCUCAGCCUGCUUCUUUUCAAACAGUGGAGCUAGGACACACAGUCACUAUUACAUGUUGCAUUGCUAGUGCUGUGAGAACGAGGGUAUGGUACAAAGUAACCACUGGGAGAAGACUGCAACUGGUGGCUUCAACAGAUACUUUCUAUGAUAUGACAACAUUUAGAGAGCAAUCACAUCAUUAUACAGUAAAAUUUGACAGAUUGAGCAGUCAUCUGAGCAUAUCUGCAGCAACGUGGGACGACGCUGGAACAUACUACUGUGGAGUGAUUAACUUAAAUGAUGUUAAAUUUGGAUCAGGCACCUUUUUGAUAAUAAAAGGUGCAAACAUGAUCAGUAACUCUGUCUUCCAGCAGCCAGAGUCUCAGUCAGUCCAGCCAGGAGACUCUGUGACUCUCAGCUGUUCUGUUCACACUGGCCACUGUGCAGCAGAACACACUCGUGUCAUGUGGCUGAAAAACUCUCACCAUUCUGCUCCACAAAUGAUUUACUCCUCUGGAAAUGACGACCACACCUGCCAGAGGACUGAAAGUGGAGAAACUACCUGUGUGUACAAGCUUCCUAUGAGCAACCUGAGCUCUGAUGAUGCUGGAACCUACUACUGUGUUGUGACGUCCUGUGGACAUUCACAGUUGGGAAAUGGGACCAGGAUUAAUAUUCACAGAGACAUGAUCGAAGCAAGUGAUCUGAGUCCAGCUGUUAUUGCACUGAUGCUGUCAAACAUCGUUCUUGGCAUGGUGAUAAUUCUACUGGUAUGGACACUUUGCAAGAAACACAAGAAAGAUCCCACAGCAGCAUCCAGAACCAGCAAUGAAUCUCUUGAAGGCAACAAGACUGAGGAGGAGCUUUUCUAUUCAGCUGUGUGUUCAGGUCCUAGAGGCUCCUCCUGCAGACCAGCUCCAGUGGAAUGCAGUGGAGACACAGUAGUUUAUUCUGAAGUCAGGAAGUGUCAACAGGACUAACAGACUUAUGAGCAAAGAUACCAGGAAGAAAUAAACCAGGACUUUGUUGUGAUUUGGCAGGGAUUUCUACAGUAAGCACCUGCACACCAUCAUCAGACAUUUUCAAUCAAUGUGAAUGAUUCUCCCUCUCUGAGGCAUCAGCUGUUCCUACAAGUGGCAGCACUCGCUUUGCUAUUGUUGGUAUUCGCUUCCAAUUUUCCAGCUGAAAAAUAUGGUGGCUUCUGGCAGCGUUCUCAGAUAUAUAUGUUUUUUGAUGUUUUUUAAUUACUGGUUUAAAAAAAAAAUUAGGUUAGAAAGAGAUUAUUCUAUUUUCAGAUAUUUUCUAAAUCCAUGCACCUUUAUUAUCAUUUGAAAUAAUUUACUAAAGGCAUCAUUCACAUCCCUACAUAAAGUGAAUGACUCACCCUGGCAUUUUUAAAUUACUGUGUGCAGCUUUAUUGUUAACUUGUCUGAUGUAUCAAACUACAGUAAACAAACCAUUAAAGCAGUGAGAAAUGUAAAACAACUAAAUAACAAAUGUCAACAACUUUACAAUAAUAUUAAAAUAUAGGUUUAUAAUGGUAUCCUAAUGAUGUGGAACAGUUAUUCAUGUAACUAGUUGAUUAUCUUGUCAGCUUCACAUUUUAGUAUUGUGCUUUUAUUUUUUUUUAUUUAAUUGCAAACCAAGCUUAGCCUUGCAUGACAAAACAUAUAUGGUUUGAUUAAGAAUGCAGAGUAAAAGCCUGUUUGUACGAAUGCAAAACAAUAGAACACUUUUAUUUUCAUUUUCAGUUAAUUUAUUGUAUUUUACUGCAGUACUACUUCGAACUGCAGAUAUGGUGAUAAUGUGAAUCAUUGUUAUUUUAAAUAAAAACUGCAUAACAAGUACAUGAGGUAAAAGUAUAGUUGUAAAAUAAAACCUUCCAUUAACACGUCAAUGUGACCACAUAAAGCUUCAGUUUAAUCUGUUUUUCUGUAUAAUCUGUAUAGCAAUGAAAACUAUUUAACAAUUGAUCAAACUGCAUCCACUGAGGAAGACCAUGAAAUGUGUCUGAAAGUUCUGGAAAAAGCAAAUAAUUGGACCAUGAGUUGAUAUUUUAGUCAAACUGAAUAAAUGAAAAUGUUUCCCUUCAAAGGUGAA